CCUUCAUAUCCCUGCGUUACUGAAUGUCCCUGCAGUCUUCGCCGACCUCCCGUUUCUGACAUCAGGACCUUAUAUAUAAAGGCAACAAACGGUAAAUCGCAGGAUGAAUAUAAGUCUGGAGCUGUCGCGGAGAAACCCACAGGAAGACUUUGAGUUGAUCCAGCGGAUCGGGAGCGGAACCUAUGGGGAUGUGUACAAGGCUCGUAAUGUCAACACUGGAGAACUGGCUGCUAUCAAAGUCAUCAAACUAGAACCAGGAGAAGACUUUGAUGUGGUGCAGCAGGAGAUUAUUAUGAUGAAAGAUUGUAAACACUCAAACAUUGUUGCAUACUUUGGCAGUUACCUCAGGAGAGAUAAAUUAUGGAUCAGUAUGGAAUAUUGUGGUGGAGGCUCACUACAGGAUAUAUAUCAUGUUACGGGCCCCUUGUCAGAAUCCCAGAUUGCAUAUGUGUGUCGGGAAACCCUACAGGGUGUUUACUACCUCCAUAACAAGGGCAAGAUCCACAGAGAUAUAAAGGGAGCAAAUAUUCUUCUAACGGACAAUGGCUAUGUUAAGCUAGCGGAUUUUGGGGUGUCAGCUCAGAUAUCAGCAACUUUAGCUAAAAGGAAGUCCUUUAUCGGAACUCCAUAUUGGAUGGCACCUGAGGUGGCAGCAGUAGAAAGGAAAGGGGGCUACAAUCAGCUGUGUGAUAUUUGGGCAGUGGGCAUCACAGCCAUUGAGCUGGCAGAGUUGGAGCCGCCAAUGUUUGACCUGCACCCAAUGAGGGCGCUCUUCCUAAUGACCAAGAGCAAUUUCCAACCACCCAAACUGAAAGACAAAGUCAAGUGGACAAAUAAUUUCCAUCACUUUGUGAAAAUGGCUUUGACCAAAAAUCCCAAGAAGAGACCAACUGCUGAUAGGUUACUGCAGCACCCGUUCUUUACCCAGCCACUUAGCCGGACUCUUGCCAUUGAGCUGCUAGACAAAGCCAACAACCCUGACCACAUCACACACAGCGAUGUAGAAGAGGACGACAUUGACCCAGAAUCUCCUGUGUCAGUUCCACAUCGAAUCUGUUCAACUAGCAGGAGCUCGAGAGAUGGAAAGACUCUGUCUGAGAUUAACUUUGAUAAGGUGAAGUUCGACCCACCUCUGAGAAAAGAGACAGAACCGCAUCACGAGAUGGAUCUACAGUUAGAGCCCCAAAGCAUUCUUGGAAACAACAAGAGUCUAUUAAAAUCUGUUGCUGAGGAACUUAAUCAGAGGGGUCAUGUGACACAUUUAGAGAAUGAGGAGGAAGAUGAAGGUGAUGAUGAUUUGCACUGUAACUCCACUUCAACCAUGAGGCCGAAAGUACCACCACCACUUCCACCCAAGCCAAAGUGUCUGUCCCCUAUUCAGAACUGUACGGUCUCAGAGGACAAUACUGGAGACGGAACCAUUAAACGUUGUCCAACUUCUGCAGGCUCCACUCCUCCUGCUCGCCCUGCUUCCUGUGUGCCCCCCAGACCGCCACCUCCUCGCCUGCCUCCACACAGACGGAAUAGUCUAGGUAACAAACAAACUGAGCAUGCUCAGACAGAGCCAGCAGGGGAUGAUGGGAUUUAUAGGUUCUGGGAAUGGCUUCAUGCUGAACAACAGGAUGAACAGAGUAAUGGAGUCUGCUCUGCCCAGGAAAAUGGAGAGAGAGAAAGACUGGCCUCCCUUCCCUCAUCCAGUCUACAGAAACUAAUCAGCAAUGGCCUGCCACCAACCCCUAAAGUACAUAUGGGAGCUUGUUUCUCGAAAGUGUUUAAUGGCUGUCCCCUAAAGAUUCAUUGUGCUUGUUCCUGGAUAAACCCCAACACCAGAGAUCAGUAUCUGAUAUUUGGAGGAGAGGAAGGAAUUUAUACCCUUAAUCUGAACGAAAUCCACGAGAGCAGCAUGGAACAGCUGGUUCCACGGAGGUGCACAUGGGUGUAUGUAAUGAACAACUGGCUGUUGUCUAUAUCAGGUAAAGCAUCUCAGCUGUACUCUUAUAACCUGACGGGUCUCUUUGAGCAAGCUCGACAGAUGCAGAAGUUACCAGUUGCCAUACCAACGCAUAAACUCCCAGACAAAAUCAUCCCACGAAAGUUUACGGUGUCCAAUAAAAUACCAGAAACCAGGGGUUGUCAGAAAUGCUGCGUAGUGCGUAACCCAUACACAGGUCAUAAGUACUUAUGUGGAGCUUUCCAGUCCAGCGUAAUGCUGUUUGAAUGGGUGGAAGUCAUGCAACGCUUCAUGUUGAUAAAGAGUAUAGAGCUCACCCUGCCGUGUCCAUUAGAAAUCUUUGAGAUGUUGGUGGUCCCUGAGCAGCACUAUCCACUGGUUUGUGUGGCAGUCAGUAAAGGAAGCCACCCCGAUCAGGUGGUCACGUUCGGCACAGUCGAUCCCAAUGCCACCACCCCUGCAUUCACAGAGCCUGAAACACCUCAGACGUGUGUCAUUCAUGUGACUCAAUUGGAGAGGGACACUGUUCUAGUGUGUCUUGAUCGGUGUAUAAAGUUGGUGAAUUUACAGGGCAGGUUAAAAUCCAACAGGAAGUUGUCAACUGAACUCACCUUUAACUUCCAGAUUGAGGCAAUAGUGUGUCUUCAGGACAGUGUUUUGGCAUUUUGGAAACACGGAAUGCAAGGGCGAAGCUUUAAAAACAGUGAGAUUACUCAGGAGAUUUCUGAUAACUCGCGGACAUAUAGGCUGCUGGGUUCAGACAGAGUGGUGGUGUUGGAAAGCAAACCAGCAGAGGACCCCACGGCUCAAAGUAAUCUGUACAUCCUCGCAGGCCAUGAGAACAGCUACUGACAACACACACUGCCUUAACACACACAAGCCACUCUACAGAAAGCAUGUUACAAAGUAGACAUGUACACCUCAUUUUCAUUUGUAAAGCUACUGAACACAAUACUGCAACUUUUUGUAUACAUAAAUGGUCCAAAUACUAUAGAUACUUUUCACAUACAAUUCAAACCAAACACUACAGACACUACGGGUACUACUUUUUGUCUUUAUCAAUUUUGUCCCCACCACUUUUUGAAAUAGCUUUCAUCAGGUAAGGGUCUAAUGCAGAAGAAAAAUGUAAAGCUUCCAGAAGCUUCCAGCUUCUUGAGCAGGAGUUUAGUUUGUGUGUGUAAUAAUAAGUGCAGCAAUUAAGAAUAAGUCCAGCAAUUAAGAUUAUUAUUUUUAAUAUUAUAUAAUGAGUGCUCAUUACGGCUGUUAUCAGUGGGGUUGUGUAACCGUGGCGGCUAUGUUCUCUGGUGCAUCCAGACAUUUGCUCUACUCGCUCUGCUGUUGUGCAGCUCGUGCUCCUUUCCAGUUAAAUUGCAAAGCAAACACAAACAGAUUUGUCCCCAAUCAUGACAUAUGGUAACGUACGUACAGAUACUGUCAUUGUUUAUUAAAAUAAUAAGUUAUAUUAGGGUGGAUUAGAAACCAGAACUCCUUGUAUUGGAGGCAAAAACAUUUCCAUGAGACCAAAUGAUCAGUCUGGGUAAAAUAUCACUGAUCUACAAAUUUAUUAACUGAACAAAAAAAUUCCAGUACUGGCAGUGUUAGAUGUAUGAAUCAAGUUAUCUAAUUAAUUAUGUAAAUUGUUAUUGGAGUGCUUGAAGUGUUCAUAAAUAUGACUAUUUAUUGAAACUUUUUGAUAAAUUCUAUAUUAUCUACACAUAACCUAAUUAAUACCCAUGAGUUCUGCCACACACCACAAACUGUCCCCACCACUUUUUUUAAAAAAAUGAUCAUCAUGACUACGGAUAUAUUUCAAUACACAAACACAGUCCAAAGCAAACACUAUAUUUCAAUACACAAACACAGUCCAAAGCAAACACUAUAUUUCAAUACACAAACACAGUCCAAAGCAAACACUUCAGAUACUUUUUGAAACAUAAACAGUGUCAGAAAUUAACUUUUCCAUAAAGGGGCAAUAAUUCCCCCUGGAUUUGUUUUUUAGGAGCAUUUUUACAUUUUAUAAGGGUUUUUUUAAAAAAACAAUUCUAAACAUGAAAAAUAUACUAUGUCAUCCUUGUAUUAAAAUUUAAUAAAUUAAUUAAUAUAAGUUAUCAAUCUGAAUAAUUAGAUUGAUACAUUUAGAUUUAUAAAUAUAAUUACCUUUUGUCCAUAAAAUUAAAUCCACAUGAAAUCAUAUUUUAUGUGAUAAAGUGUUUAACUAGGCUUAUAAUAGAAUAUUAAGAACUAUAUUCUGUUACAAUAAAAAAAAAAAAACAGAAUAAAUUCAUUAUGUUGCCUCCAAAUUUUGCAUUUCUGUCACCUUAUGUGGCAUUUUUGCUCCAUGCGUCCUUAAUUUCUUAAACACAGUAUACAUAAACACAGUUCAAGUAAACACUACAGAUAUUUUUAAACAUAAACACAGUUCAAAGCAAACAAUAUAAAUACUUUUCAAUAUAUAAUCACAGUUCAAAGAAAACAUUACAAAUAGUUAUAAUACAUUAUUACAGUUGAAACCAAACACUUCAGAGACAUCUAAAAAAACACAACCACUGCACCAACAGUUCAACAUAACAGAGAGACAUUUUAAUGUUAAAUAUUACACACAGUAGACACAUGAUUUGCAGAUGUUGUUAACUUUGUAGCUCUCAGUACUGCAGUGAUGCAGCCCAGCAAAGAGCUCCUCCCUGUGUCAUUCUAAUAACCCCAAAUCUAACCGAAUCAAUGUCUUCUUCUGCUUCCUUCAUCACUUCAUUUCAUCUCUCUUAUUUGGCCCCAGGCAAGUCAGUGAUCCAGUUUUUUAUGUCCCAUUAAUUGCAUAUUUCAUCAUUAACAGCCCAACAAAUGACUGUGGAACUUAAGGGUGUUUAUAUUGUUUUAUCAAUGACAAAUGAACAAUAAUUAACAACAAUAUGAAAUAAUAAGUUUAACCCUUGUGCGACCUUCUGAUUUUUGUCUUUUUCAUUUUAGUUUUUUCGAUCAUUUUGGCUGUGUUAAUGCCAAUGGCAAAAUUUUUGCCAAACGUGUGUAUUUUUGGAACACAAACUAGUUACACUCAGGACCUGAAGGACAAAAAUGUUCCCAUUGAAACCCAUUAAAACUGCAUUAUUUGAUCCCAGUGCCAUUAAAGCAUAAAAUCAUGAAUUAUAUGGUAUUAUGCUUUCAUUCUGGAGUCCUGACUUCAAAAUGUUAAUUUUUUAUAUUUUCCACCAGAUGGAGCCAUUUUUCUCAUGUUUAUCCUAUGGAGCAAAUACAUGCUUUUGUUACCCUAUUUUCUGUUGGUUGUAUUAUAGAGUACUGCAGGCCAAUUGAAUAAAUGAUGCAGCUAAAAUUGUGUGGGUGUGUUAGUAUGGAUGUUAGAGUGUGUUUUGUAUGAGUGCAUUGAGAAAUGUGUGUGUGUGUGUAUAAAAACAACAGUGGCAUUAUGUAAACAAACUGGCAUUUAAAGGGUUAAAAUCCUGAAAAUGAUUGAAUAUUUGGUAGUUAUGAUCAGGACUGAUGUUGGUUAAGUCAGUGAAAGUGUAUAUUAAUAUUAAUAUAUUAUAUUUUUUUUACGGCAGUUUUUUUUUUCAGACAUUUUUGUCCUCUAAGGUCCUGAGUGUGUUUUCUUUAAAUCUGACACUGCACAUAAAACAUAGACACGUGGACAUUUUUGUCCUCGAAGGACCUCUGAGUAACUUUUUUUAUUGACGCACAAGGGUUAAAAUAGUGCUAUUGCACUUGCGUUUUAUGUGACUGCUUGAGUAAACCAGUCUCCCGAAACUAGGUUUUGCCAUCUCAUCCUGUCACAAUACUGCCUCUUAUGUUAUUCAAACUUAGGAAAAAGUCCUAAAGGGUCAUCAUUUGUAUGUUAUUCGUAAACGGUGACUUACUGUCGUAACAUGCUAGUUGACCAUUAUGUAGCCAUGCGUAAUAUGGUACAUGUCUGAAUAUCAGUAUCCAAGAAAUGUUGGUAAUACUUUAUUCCUUAGAUCUUGUAAGACAGUGGUUCUCAACUGGGGGUCGGGACCCACUAGGGGGCCUCAGCACACUUCCAGGGGGGCCUCAAGAUCUCUUAAAAUUAUUUAAAAUAAGGUAGAUUAUUAUAAUUUGUAUAUAAUUAUUAUAAUUCAACUUACUGAAAAUGCUAAAAAAUUUAAUAACUUCCUUCAACAGCUUGCUUUUUAUGAAGAGCAUACAGUUGCAAAAACAGACAUUUCUGGAAUCUCAAAAUGUAUCAUGAUUAAUUGUUUUGAUCUAUUGACUCCAGUAGUUUUUUUACAUUAAAAAAAACAAGCUUUGUCAUCAUAACAGUAGAAGUAUCAGAGCAAAUAUCUUACAAUAGAUAUAUCUUAUAAUAUAAAUAUAUAAUAUUUAUAUUUGGGAGCCAUGGAGUCAAAACGUUUGAGAAGUACUAUUCUAAGAGACUGUUUUUUACUGUAAUCAAUGAAAAGCAUGUUUAUUAAAUAGUGUCAUCAUGCCCUACUUUUUAAUAGAAAUUAAAUUUUAGAGACAUGGAAAAUAGUUUUUUAUAUGUUAUUAUUUAUACUGAUAUUUAUAUGUUUUAGUUUGUUACCAAGCACUGUUAUUGAUUUGCACAAUAAUUUUGCUCAGCUACACGUGUGCUUUUCUCAGUGUGCUGUGUGUUAAUGAGUGUGUGCACACUUACAGGCUGUGAUGUCAAUAGACAGAGAUCUGUUAUGCAGAUAAAAGCUAUUUAUCCAGCUCACUGAAAACCUAGAGAUAACACAAUGUCAUAUGAAUGCAGUAUAUGUAAAUAUGAAAGAGGAAGCCUGAAAAAUAACUUUUUCUAGAAUGUAGUUGUCUGUGAAGAGUUCUAGCAUUUCCAUCUGCUUGUAUGGUUUCAAAUCUGAAUUCUUACUGUUGCUUUUGUUUUUUUGUUUUUUUCCCCAAGUCAUUGCUAAAAGGACACAUUUUGCAUGUCUCUACCUCUAACAUGUCUUCAAAACCCUUAGUUUGGGGGCCUGGGUAGUGUAGCAAGUAUUGACGCUGACUACCACCCCUGGAGUCCUGAGUUUGAAUCCAGGGCAUGCUGAGUGACUCCAGCCAGGUCUCCUAAGCAACCAAAUUGACCCAGUUGCUAGGGAGGGUAGAGUCACACAGGGUAACCACCUCGUGGUCGGGAUUAGGGGUUCUCACUCUCAAUGGGGCACGUGGUAAGUUGUGUGUGGUUCGCGGAGAAUAGCAUGGGCCUUCACAUGCUGUGAGUCUCUGCGGUGUCAUGCACAACGAGCCACGCGAUAAGAUGCGCAAAUUGACGGUCCCAGAAGCGGAGGCAACUGAGACUCGUCCUCCGCCACCCGGAUUGAGGUGAGUAACCGUGCCACCACGAGGACCUACUGUACUAAGUAGUGGGAAUUGGGCAUUCCAAAAUUGGGAGAAAAGGGGAUAAAAAUAAAUGAAUAAAUAAAAAUUAGUUUGACCAAAGCUCAAAUCAAGCUUCAUUGUAUAGAAAAAAACAACUGUAACUCUCUCCCUGACAACAUUUUUCUGGACACUUUAAAAUCGUGUUUAUGGUAAUUGUCCAUGUUACAGCUUUAUAGUUCAGGACUUUUUUCCAGAUUCCAAGAAACCAUGUCCAUGUCUGAGCUUAAUCCACAGUAAUAUGCAAUCAGUGUGUUUGAUUAAUUUAUUAUAUGAGUGUGUAAACCAACAUCAAACAUCUUCAUGUCCUCUACAGCAGAGUUCUCUUAAUGUGACGCAUGUCUUGUAUAUAGUGUAAAAUAAUUUCAGUUUUACAGACUGUAUAAAGCCAAUAUUUUGUUUCAAAUGUGAAACUCUUUUAUGAGAUGUAACACAUUAAACCAAGGUGAAAAAAGGAAAA